CUCACCUUUGACAGCUCCUCGGCACCAAGAAACAUCCUCCCUUCCCUCACCUCGCUCUCCUCGUCAUUCGCUGUCCCUCCCCCUUCUCCCUUGGGCCAGCACGGCUCUUUUCGUGAUCCUCCGCCUCACACCACCCUCCUGCACGACCGUCGACCCGAGAUCGGCGUCUGACCUUCUCCACCCCUCGACCCGUCGACAUCGACCAGGCUCGAGUCUGUCGACGCGCGCGUGACAACACGUCAGCCUUCACAGCCCGGGCAGAGGAUGUGGCUGUCAAGGACGCGGUGAUACUGGCUCCUCUGCCCACCGCGAGUCUACACACAUCCUUGUCGAGGGCUCAGCUGGCUCGCUGGCUAGCUACCUGACCGUCACUUGCCCUGCUCCCAACCUCACUUCACCCUUCUCCAUCGUCAAUUUGAUCCACUCAUCCCCAUACUCAGUGGUCGAGCGCGAUGGAUCGAAACAUGUCCACGGGCGCAGACAGCAUCGACUGGGCGGAUCCCGCCUUCACCUCCUCCGAGUUCCAAGAUGCCAUGCUGGCCGAGUCCCCGUGGGGCAACAGCGCGUUGAACGACUUCACCAAUCUCGCAGACUACAGCGAUAGCCCCGCUCCCUCGAGUCUCCAUCCACCUUCUCGAUCGGCAGUCACCAACGCGUCCGCCGUCGACGCCCCCCUCCCUUCCCUCCCACAAGACUCCUCCAUGUCCGCCGAGAGCUCCAGCGCGGACUCCGGCUCCGACUCCUCCAGCAGACGAAAGCGAAAGACGACCUCGGAGUCGCCACUGUCGAUGGCGCCCACCACGAGGGUUGCGACGAUCAAAGAAGAGGCGAGAUCGGGCGUCAACCCGUACGCAGAGCAGGCAUUUUCACAGACUCUCACUCAGCCUCUACCGACCCUGGCAGUUGACGAGAACAUGACGGACGAAGAGCGCAUCUUUGACUUCAACAGCGCCGCGUCCAGCCCCAAUCUUCCGCGAGAUUUCACGCAGCAGCUAUCACUCGACGGAAGUCACAAACUGAUACCCUCAAACUCUGCCGCACAGUUCUCCCGAGAUCCGCCAGUUCAAACCAUCAACCCGGGCAUGUUCAGUCUCGCCGGAUCUCGGGAUCAGUCGCCUGUUACGAACGCCGCAAUGUUCAAUGCCGCCUCGCCCAACUUCUUCUCCACGCCAUCAUCCGACAGCAACGAGCCGUUCACUGGCAACGCGAACUGGGCCGGCAACAUGGGCACAAACCCCUCGUGGCCCGCAGAUUUCGCGACACAGUUCGCGUCACCUGCCGGUCUCAACUUCACCCCUUCGCCGGUGGGCAAUGGAUCGACACCCUCAAUCACAUCUCGGGCUCUUGCGAUACGCUCGGGUCGAUCGCCACUACACGUUGCGCCGAUCGCCGCCAAAUCGCGCGUGGAAACGCAGAUCAAUGUGGUCAUGACGCUUGAGAAGCCCCCGGCAGGCGUCGAGUACCUUCACCUCCCUCUUCACACCAUCGCCAAGUCCAAACUACUCGCCAAGGACGACUACGACGCGACCAAGGUGCUAGAGUUGCACACUAUGCUCGUGUGCUCGAGUGCGAUGCACAAUCCCGCCCUAAAGGAGAAAGCGCUUCAGCGUGCCGCAUCGCAAGACAAUGACGAGAUCCAGCAGCGCGCCGAACGCGAGAGAGAGAAUGGUGACGAAGAGAAGAACAACAUGAAAGAUGUUGCUGAGGCGGAUCGGCCGGCCAACGGCGGAGAAGUCAGGAUCUGCAAUAACUGCAUCCAACGGGAGCGGAAACGCGCGGGGCGAAAGAAGCUGAAGAAAGAAGAGGAACAGCAACAUUGGGAACGAUACGAGACUGAAAGAGUGGUCGUCUUCAACUCCAGCGAAUACCUGCCCUUCAAGGCGUGUGAUGAGCGGGAUCGGGGUCACAAGGACAACAGCCUGCUUGUCGAAGCACCGUAUGAGCCACCGGCCGGCGCGCUCUUCGUCUCGGCAGCUAUGCGUAUUGCUUGCUAUUGCCGACAUCAAGCGGAGAAGGAGGGCUUCCAGGUCAUCUUCACGAUGAAAGACCACAAAGGCAACGUCGUCGCUCAGGAAGUGUCGGAUUCGAUCUUGAUUACAGACGACCACAAGACGCACCCUCCCGCACUCAAUCCCAUGUCGAAUGAGGCCUUCUACCAACAGGGACAGAUGCAGGGCAAUGGACUUCCCACGUCGUAUUCCAUGAUGGACCUCCAGUCGCAUGCGCACCCGUUCACAUCCUCUCGCUCCGCAGGCAAUUUGCACGCCCUAGGCUAUGGGCAGUCACUCCAGUUCAACCCGCACAGCCACAUUCAUCAAUUACCGAAUUCACUCGGUGGUGGAUUUGCAUCUCAGGCCACCUCUGCGACGAUGACCCCAACCAAUCUGUCGCGCCCCGGAUCUCCCACCUUGGCAGGGCAGUCAGGACCCAACAAGAAACGCAAAUCAGGCUCCUUUCACAAGCGGAUACCGAGCGGCUUGCAGAUGACGCCGCGGGUGGACACCAGUCACAGCCAACCGCCGUCAGCGUCUCUGUCCUCCGCCAUGCCUUCUGGUAUCUCCAUGAACAACUUUUCGCCGACAAGAGGCCUCGGUGGACAAAACGAGCAGGCUUACAUGACCAUGCCGAACAACCCCGACCCGAAUCAGUAUUUCGGCAGUGGGCCGCCUACGCCAGCAAAUGACAACUCGCAGUUCUCGUUUGGAGUCCCACACCAGUUGGACAUCACUCGAGCACAAAAUGCAGCCUACUUCUCCCAUCCCUCGUCGGCCGUGCCGAGUCGCUCCAACUCGCCGGUAUUACACCAGGGCCGACAGGCAAUGUCCGCUUUCCCCCGACACCCAAUUCAGACGUCGACGAACCAUUUGAAUCGGCCGGCAACGAUGUAUGGAGGCCAGACAUCGGCAGUGAACAACGAAGAUGACCAGGCUGCCACACCCACCAUCACGAAGAUGACUCCCACGCAGGGCCCAGUGAUCGGAGGUACCGAAGUUAGCAUCUUCGGGUACAAUUUCGCCCACAACACCCAAGUCAUGUUUGGAGACAGCCUGGCGAACGCGACCUACUAUGGUGAGCAUUCCAUCCUGGCCACGGCACCUCCGGGCCGCCGCGGACCAGUGCGAGUCAGACUCGUGCCCGCGCCAGGAUCCGCGCAAUAUGCCAUCUCGCCGCAGAACAGCAAUCAUGUCUUUACGUAUACGGACACCAGUCCCCACAUGAUGGAGAUGGCGCUCAAGUUCUUGAGCCAGCAGCAGACCGGUGAUGCGACUCGGUGGAUGCAGUACACCAACGAUGUGGCGAAUCAGUUCAUGCAGACUUCGAUCUCUCCGGCUGGAAUUCACAACCAAUCUUACGGCAGCGGCAAUAUGCUCGCCGGCUCGUCCAAGGAGAUGGAAGAGGUGGUGUUGAAGGUGUUCGAUUGGGUGGAUGUGAGUGAGAGCCCGCGGAAGCCUUGCUAUGAUCUCCGUUCCAGCAGCGGGCAUACCAUGUUGAGCUUGGCCUGCGCUCUGGGCAUGCAUCAAGUUGCCGCGGCCCUUCUCGCUCGAGGCGCGAAUCCCGAUGUCAGAGACGAAGGCGGCUACACCCCUUUGAUGCACGCCGCACUGCACGAGCGUUCACGCACCUUUCAACUGCUCCUAAUCAAAGGCGCAGACCCGACAACCAGAAGUCUCACGGGCUACGCAGCCAUCGAUCUCGUCCCGGAGCAAUCUCGAGACACGUUCUCACAAAUCCUGCAGAACACGCGUCGAACUCGCAGCGCACGCCCCUCCUUCCACCGAGUCGUCUCCAACCCGUCGUCCGCAGCCUCCUGGGACAUUGCCAGCGCCUCGUUCUACGACUCGGAGGUUGCAACGAGCGAGGACUUCUCACCCGCUCCUUCGCCCCGGCCGUCGAGCGCGAGUAGUGCUCUCCCAUCAACCACUCCCGAUCUACCCGACAUCGUGCCACUCAAUGCAUCCGCGGCAAUGAUGGCGUGGCGCGACGCCUUGGCCACGCACAUCCACCACUUCCAGCAGAGCGUGCAAAGCAGCAUGUCCAGCUUCCAACUCCCCACCCUCCCGCCUCUGCCGGACUACCAGGACAACGCCAUGGUGCGCCGUCUGAGCUCGCUCGUGUCGACGCGCUACCCGGUUCGGCAGGACGGGUUCAGCGGCGCGCACGACUUCGUCGCGUCGAUGAGUCCGCCGAAGUUCUGGGAUAUGUUCUCAUCGCUCUCGCCUACCCUCUCUUCUGCGCCGCCCCCGGCUUAUUCGGAGCUGUUCCCCGAUCACCACGUGCCGGACGAGGGUGUCAAGAAGGCUGCGAUGAACACGGCACUCAUCGACGCUGUGGCCGACGGCAAAUGCGCGGCGAUAUUUGAGCAAGCGACGUCUUCUUCAUCGUGCCAGGUAGCAACGACGUCGAACACCGAGCACAACGACGAGACCCAAACCGAGCAGACAACCUGGCGCCAUCAGUUGCUUUGGGUGCGUGCAAACCUUGCAAUGCAGAAGUCGACUCCGCUGACGAUGUUGCAGAUGGCGCUUUGCGUGCUCAUUCUCGCUGCGCUGCUACCCUUGCUCGUCGCUCGCUUUUCCGUCCAGCCUCGCUUUCAAGUCUCGCUCUCUGACGUCGACGCGCUGAAGUGCUGGGGUCAACAUCAGGUGGGAGCUAUGGUCGAGGCUUGAUAGGGCCUGUGGGUUGCUAUGCGUGUGGGAGGGCGGGAACGGAGGGAUUGGAACUGACGCAACGUCGUCGUGGCUAAGAGACUCGCUCGGCAUGAACUAAGCAAACUCGCUCGGUAUGGACUGAGAAACUCGCUCGGUAUGGACUGAGAAACUCGCUCGGCAUG